CACGCCCUGACCGAGGCUUGCCCCACCUCCACCGGCAAGCCAAAUCCUCCUCCCCCCCCCCCUGCAUGGGAGUCCCUCACUUUCCGAGCGUCUUUCCUCCUGCCCUCCCCCUGUCCCCAUCCCACUCGCCGCUGAUGUCUCAUGUUGCCUCGCGCCCCCGGGCUAUUGCCCGGCGAUCCGCCGACUGGCGCACGUCGCAAGGGCUGCCUCCCUCGCAAACCCGGCGCGAGGAGACCACCGCGCGCGAGGAAUUCUCGCGGCUGAUGCACAUGUGCCCCCCGGCGGAGCCCAUCCUCAUGCGUGUUCCCCCGAAUUCCGCGGACUACUGCCUGCGGCUGACCUUCCUGCCAGCCGGCAUGACUGUGGAUGCCCUGCGAAGCAUCCUCCUUCAGUUUGGCCCGAUUUAUCGGCUCCGCUUCUUCGUCGAUGCUCGGAUUGCCUUUGUGCGCUUUUUCAGCAGGAUCAGCGUGUGGAAGUUGCUCCGCCAGCUGGAGCUCCGUGGCGUGGAUUUCUACUUCCUCCUGCCGGACGAGCGCUUUUUCGUGGUAUCUCCCUACCCGGAUGUCACUUGGAAGGAGGGCCCACCUCCUGGCGCACCGUUGUCAAUUUCGGAAGCAUCAAGCCUGGUUGAUUCGACCUUGGGCUCGGAGAACUGGUCCACCAGCAUCGAGCACUUCUCCUACCAGUACAGCCCCGAGGAUCAAAUCUUCUCGGCCUUUUUCGACGUUCUGUUUGUCCUGCGACCGCGUGGCACAAGUCUCCAGCAAACGGUGCAUGCCCCGCAAACGCACCAGCCGAAGGUCUUGCACUUUCUCGGGAAAAGCACCACCCGCCGCGAGGGCUUGCACUUCGAUGCAUCCACUCUCUCUCGGUUUCGCUCGUCCGACCUUCACGAGGAGGAUGUCGGCCAUGGUGCCAGUGGCGAUGGUCCGGGGGCUGGUGGUCCUGCCACACACAGCAGACCCGACAACCAGCAACUCGGGGCCUCCCCCUUCGCGGGGUCCAGUGUCAUGCCUUCCCAGCAUGCGAAGGACGAACACCCCCCGACCCAGCCGGGGGGGGCAUCACAGCUUGUGCCGGCGCACGAUCUCGCUCGGUUUUAUGCCCUCCCCGACAAGUCGCCUCUGUAUCACAUUCGAGACAUCUAUCGCGAGGGGAUGACUGGCGCAUUGUUUGAUGGGUUCCGGCGCUUCGCGCUUGUCGUCCGUCUGUCAGAUGGUGAUGUCUGGCCAAUCUUGGUGAAUCUCCCCCGACAGGAGGCGGUCAAGUCCGAGGGUGAGAGGGGCUCCCAGCCGGGUGGGCCACUCCACGGGAACUAAUGGACCUUUGCGAGA